UAAUAACGUAAUAACAAAGUCCGUAUAUUAAACAAAUCUAGAAUAAUCGGCUUUUCAGACACCUCUCAACGUACGAUAACUAGCCAAAGUUAGAUCAACCAAGUUAUAAUAAUAAUUUCCGCACUGUCAGGACUUCAAGUAUACUGAAGAAGCGUAUUUUGUACAGAGCGGACCCAAACGGCUUGCUUUAAUCAAUGUUCAAUAUCGCUGAUCCUCUCGAGGGCUGUUAAACGGGGAAUCUUCAUGUAAACUUACAGCGCAAGUCGAAGACCUGCAAGCAUGGGUCCACGAAGAAAAGGAGAGAAGAGGAGGAAAGCAGAAGAAAAUCUUACGAAAGUGGACGAAAUCGCAGAUACAAGUCGUGCAGAAAAACCUUCGGAAGGCAGGAUCAAUGACGUGAUGAGAGGAAAGAAGGGCAGGACCAAAGGACGAAAAAAGUUCAUUGGGGCUCAUGUCUCUAUAGCAGGAGGCAUAUGGAAAGCAGUGGAAGCCAGUGUGGACAUAGGGGGUCGCAGUUUUGGCUUAUUUUUGGGCUCCCAGCGCUGCUGGCAAAGACCUGCCCUCGAUCCGGAUGUGGCAGUCAAGUUCCAGGAGGCUUGUGCUCAGCAUGGCUUUGAUUCGGCUCAUAUUCUGCCACACGGAUCUUACCUGAUGAACUGUGGAUCGCCCAAAGAAGAUGUGUUUGCUAGGAGCCAAGUCAUGUUGGUAGAUGAACUUAGCCGCUGCAGUGCUUUGGGCCUCACUCAGUUUAACCUCCACCCAGGGGCCUCCAUGGGCUCUAGCACAGAGGAGUGCAUCAAGAGGAUUGCCCAAGCUAUAAACCAUGCUCACCAGCAAACACCUGCUAUUGUCACUGUGCUUGAAAACAUGAGUGGACAGGGAAGUACUGUGGGUGGACAGUUUAAUGAGCUGAAGAGCAUAAUUGAUCUCGUUCGAGACAAGACACGUGUGGGAGUGUGUCUAGACACAUGUCAUGCAUUUGCAGCAGGUUAUGAUAUUUCCUCAACAGGAGGGGUGAAGUCUAUGCUUGAGGAAUUUGACCAGGUGGUUGGACUGAAUUACUUAAGAGCAGUUCAUCUCAAUGACUCAAAAGGUAAAUUGGGCUGCCACUUAGACCGUCAUGAGGACAUUGGGCAGGGACAGAUUGGCAUCUCAGCAUUUCGAGACAUUGUGAAUGAGCCUCGACUGGACAACAUCCCUCUCAUACUUGAGACACCUGGCCGCCCAGGUUUUGAGUAUGCUGAGCAAAUACAGCUUCUCUAUUCCCUUUGUGAGGACUAGAAAACCUAGAGGAAUCUUCACAAGACCAAAGAGCCCAUUCUUUCAUGUUGUAUUCUGUUCACAGUGAUUUUCUGUUUUAAAAAUAUAAUAAACACAAAUGGCAUUCUUGGACUUGAA